AUGUUUCGAUCGAAUAUGCAUCGGCUUGCUGACCUAGUUCAGACAGAAGUUAUCGAGCAUGAAUGCACUGAUAUUAGCUUCCUGGCUAACAGCUCUGAGAAGAUGGCAUCUGACCAGCAAAACCAGAAUGCUGCUCCAUCCAGUGAAGACACGGCUCCAAGAGAAGCGCUGAUUGCCACGGCAGUGAGGUUUUUACAAAACCAGAAAGUUCGUCAGAGUCCAUUAACCACCAGAAAAGGUUUCUUGAAGAAAAAAGGUCUGACUGAUGAUGAGGUGGAAUUGGCCAUCCAGCGUUCUGGCAGUACAGAGGAGUCGCUGGAUCUCAGUGUUCCAGGGCCCCCACACAUCACCCAUCCCGUUCCACUUGCCCCUGUCCCGUACAGUCCCCCAGGUUACAGGUGGAGAAACUACGGUGCUCUGGCUGUGUUCUUGAUGGGAAUGGCCUUUGGCUUCCAUCAUCUUUACCGGAAAUACAUCCUUCCCCUCAUUAUGGGCAGCAAAGAGGACAAGAAACAUCUGCAGAGGAUCGAGAGCAACAUUGCGGAUAUGAAUGGCACUCUGACACAGACAGUCACCCAGUUACAGAUGACCCUGACUUCGGUGCAAGAACUGCUGGUCCAGCAACAGAAGAAGAUACAGGAGUUGUCACAAGAGCUGGCUAAUUCACAGGCCUCAUCUUCCACCAACUGCAUGCUGGAGUCUCAGAGCAUCAGUGAACUCAAGGCUGAGAUUGUGUCUUUGAAGGGGCUUCUUCUCAGCAGGAGACAGUUCCCCGCUUCACCCUCCGUACCCAAAAUCCCAUCCUGGCAGAUCCCUCUUAAACCAGGAUCGCUGUCCAACUCGCCCUCCACCAACAGCAGCAGCGACAUCUCACCUGUCAGCAACGAGUCGGAAAACUCCUCCCCUGUUAAAGAGAGCAACAGCUCCAUGGCCACCCUGUCUGCCUCACUUUGCCUUAACGGAGAUGUGGGGCUGGGGUCUAUGCUCCCUCUGGACCUGAAAGACCAGGUCCGCAUGGAAGUCCAGGGUGAGGAGGAGAAGAAAGAUGAUGAUGAGGAGGAAGAAGAAGAGGAGGAGGAUGAUAACGUGACCCAUGCAGAUGAAGAAGAACACUUGAACAUCCAGACCGAGGACAGGAGAGGAGGAGACGGACAGAUUAAUGAACAAGUGGAGAAGCUGCGGCGUCCAGAAGGAGCGAGUAAUGAGAGUGAGGUCGAUUAGAGGAAAUCCAUGACCAGACCUAUCCAUCCAUUCAUUUCUCAUGUUUUUU